AUGUUACGCCUUGCAAGGUAUUCUCUUGCUACUAGAGGAGGGGCUCGCCUGACUAAGGGUCCGUUGCUUGGGAAGAGCGCUAUCAAGAACUCUAACUAUCAUGGAGGAGCGAGGUACUAUGUCACAGCGCAGGUGGAAGCAAGAAGUAUUUCCGAAUCACAAAUACACACGGAAUCGUUUCUUCAAGGAAGUGCUGCCUCAUACAUCGACGAGAUGUAUAGAUCCUGGAAAGUCUCGCCGGAUUCAGUCCACGUUUCGUGGAGGACCUAUUUCCGGAACAUUGAAGAAAAACAACAGUCACCCACCGAAGCUAUUCAAUUUCCACCUGGUUAUUUAUCAUCAAGGGACCCUGCUUUGCAAUCUACUACACAUUCAUCAACGACCCAGACCGCAGACGCAAUAAGGCUCACAAAGCUUGUUUCGGCCUAUCGAUCCAUGGGCCACCGCAUCGCUAAUCUCGAUCCUCUCGGCUUGCAGCGAAAUGGCCAACCACCGCAUGCAGAGCGUCCUCCAGAUUUGAGUCCUAGCUACCAUGGCUUCACCACCAAGGACAUGGACCGAGAAUUUGCACUCGGAAGCGAUAUUCUGCCUCACUUCGCGUCACAAGGUCAUAAGUCAAUGUCAUUAAGAGAAAUUGUAGCUGCGUGCGAAUCUGUCUACUGCGGAAGCUAUGGGAUUGAGUAUCAGCAUAUUUCAAGUGCCGAGAAACGAGAGUGGUUACGCGAACGGCUCGAAAGACCUGACCCAUUUCGCUUCUCACGCGACGAGAAGAAGAGGAUCUUGGAUAACUUGAUAUGGAGCACGAGCUUCGAAAAGUUCAUCGCGACAAAAUUCCCUACCGAGAAGCGAUUCGGUCUUGAUGGUGCCGAGGGCCUUGCUCCGGGUGUGGCAUCCCUGAUGGAUCAGAGUAUUGACGCCCACGGUAUCAAGGACAUAGUGGUUGGUAGCUGCCAUCGAGGCAGACUGACCAUGUUAGGAACGGUCUAUGGCAAACGCCGUGAGGCUAUCUUGGCGGAAUUCGCUGGAGGGGUGGCGGCUGAUCUUCCCGGUAUGGCUGGUGACGUAAAAUACCAUCUUGGACACGAUGGCCAUCGCGUCACUGGCAGCGGGAAUUCCGCCUCUGUCACUCUGCUCGCCAAUCCAUCCCAUCUCGAAGCCGUGGAUCCUGUUGCGACAGGCUUCACGUAUGCUACAAAGAAGAGGCGAAAUGAUCCGGAAGGAAACCGUACUAUGUGCAUCGCUUUGCAUGGAGAUGCCGCCUUUGCCGGCCAAGGAGUGGUCUACGAAACGCUUGGUCUCUCAAAGCUCGAUGGUUAUCAAGUAGGAGGCACGGUUCGCGCCAUCGUCAAUAACCAGAUUGGGUUUACGACUGACGCAGAGUGCUCAAGGUCCACUCCCUACCCGUCAGACUUGGCCAAGUAUAUCGACGCUCCUAUUCUCCACGUCAAUGCCGAUGAUGUCGAGGCUGUCACCUUCCUUUUCCAACUCGCAGCUGACUGGAGAGCCCGAUUUAAAGAGGAUAUCGUUAUAGACCUUGUUUGUUACCGGAAGUUUGGCCACAACGAGUUUGACCAGCCCAACUUCACUCAACCAGUCAUGUAUCAGCAGGUGGGAACUCAAACGCCAACCAUGGAGCUGUAUAUCAAUAAACUAGUCGAACAAGGUACAUUCACGGCCUCUGAGAUUGAGGAACAGCAGAGGUGGGUAUGGAACAAGCUGAACAAUGAAUUUGAGGCCAGUAAGGGACUCAUCUCCCAGAGGGAGAAUUUCCCUCCAGGCUGGGACUCACUCCCUUCACCCGCGUCCCUAGCUGCCGAAACCUACAGCAUUGACGCAACAGCUGUUGAUCACAGCACCCUCAAGUCCAUAGCAGACAAGGUUAGCAGCGUACCGGAGGGCUUUGAGCUUCACCCAAACCUUCAGCGCAUCCUGGCUGGAAGACUGAGCAACUUCGAGCAAGGAUCUGUCGACUGGUCCACGGCAGAAGCUUUGGCCUUUGGAACUCUCUGCAUGGAGGGCCACCCCGUUCGUUUGACUGGCCAAGACGUUCAGCGUGGUACUUUCUCACAGCGGCAUUCUGUUUUGCACAACCAGGUAACAGGCCAGACCUGGACACCGCUGAAUAACCUCUCGCCAAGCCAAGCCGCCUACGAGGCCAUUAACUCACCCCUAAGCGAAUUCGGUGCACUUGGCUUCGAAUACGGCGCCACACUAGCAGAUCCGAAUCCUCUCGUUAUCUGGGAGGCACAAUUCGGCGAUUUUGCCAACAAUGCCCAAGUUACAAUCGAUAACUUCAUUGCUAGUGGAGAGUCUAAGUGGCUAGACCGGUCAGGUCUCAUCCUCUCGCUACCUCACGGUUACGACGGUCAAGGCGCUGAGCAUUCGUCAGCUCGAUUGGAGCGUUUCUUGUCCAUGUGCAACGAAGAUGGACGGACUUGGCCUAGUGAGGAGGUCCUUGACAGAGCGCAUCAGUAUUGCAACAUGGAGGUUGUUUACAUGACCUCGCCAGCGAAUUACUUCCAUGUUCUGCGCCGCCAUCUAAAGAGGGAAUAUCGCAAGCCCUUGAUUAUCUUCUUCUCCAAGUCCCUUCUCCGUCAUCCGAUUGCGAGAUCCGACAUCUCACUAUUUACUGAUCCCACAGCGUCUUUCCAACCCGUUCUUGCAGAUCCUGCACAUGGAACCAGAGACAUCGAUAGCCCAGAAAACAUUUCGCGAGUGAUUCUUUGCUCUGGCCAAGUCUAUGCCUCUUUGGUCAAGCGUAGAGAAGAUCGAGGUCUUCGCGACACCGCUAUCACGCGGAUAGAAGAGCUCCAUCCUUUUCCAUGGCGCGAGGUCGAGGCCAACCUGCAAAAGUACCCCAAUGUAAAUAAUAUCGUGUGGACGCAGGAGGAGCCUUAUAAUGGUGGAGCUUGGCACUAUGUUCGUGACCGAAUAGAUGCUCUCCUUCGGAAGUCUGCACAUCUCUCAUCUAGAAGGCUACUAUAUUCGGGUAGAGGGCCCAGCGCGAGUCCGGCUACUGGCUUGAAGAAGAUUCAUCAGGCUGAAGAGGAGAACUUGGUAGAUCAUGCAUUCACGGUUCAGGAAUGA